CCUAAUUUCCAAUACACCACAAAGUGAGAGUAUAAGAGAGAGAAAGAAAAAAAAAAAAAAGAAAAAAAAAUCGAAGAAGAGAAAUGAAAUUUACAGAUUCUCCGGUGAUCGAUCUGACGGUGAACGGAACAAAACUCUCAAUCCAACAAGACAAUGGCUCGAUGCACGUCGGUACAUCCGUAUGGCCAUGCUCACUAAUCCUCUCCAAAUUCGCCGAGCGAUGGUCCACACUAGACUCAUCAUCAUCAACAUCUCCAAAUCCAUACGCUGAACUCUUCGAUUUCCGCCGCCGUCGCGGUGUCGAGCUAGGAACCGGAUGCGGAGUCGCCGGUAUGGCUUUUCACCUACUAGGUCUAACGGAGAUCGUGCUAACAGACAUCGCACCAGUCAUGCCGGCGCUAAAACACAAUCUGAAACGGAACAAAGCGGCGCUAGGUAAAUCUCUGAAAACCUCGGUUGUUUACUGGAACAAUAGAGACCAGAUCUCGGCGUUGAAUCCGCCGUUCGAUCUCGUGAUCGCGGCGGAUGUUGUGUAUAUCGAGGAAUCUGUAGGGCAGUUAGUGACGGCGAUGGAGUCGCUGUUGGCGGAUGAUGGUGCGGUGUUGUUAGGGUACCAGAUUAGGUCUCCUGAAGCUGAUAAGCUGUUUUGGGAGAUGUGCGACGUCGUUUUCAGGAUUGAGAAGGUUCCUCAUGAGCAUCUUCAUCAUGAGUAUGCUUAUGAGGAAACUGAUGUUUACAUCUUUAGGAAGAAGGCUAAGAAAGUGACUGAAGAAGCUGAAUCAGAAUCAGAAUCAUGAAGCUAGUUUUAGAGUUUCUAUGUAAUGUUGUGUUGUUGUUGUUACAAUGAAAUGUAAUUUGUUUCUUUGCUAUAGAAAGAAAGAUUUUUGAAUUAUCUCU